AUGCUGCGCAAUUCCCUGGCGCGGUCGGCGGCGCUGCGGACGAGCAGGCCGAGCUCGAGUGCCGCGAGGACAUUUGCGACGUCGGGCAGGAGACAGGCGGAGGUCCAACUGACGAUUGAUGGCAAGCAGGUCUCGAUCGAAGCGGGCUCUGCUCUCAUCCAAGCGUGCGAGAAGGCGGGAGUGACAAUUCCGAGAUACUGCUACCAUGAAAAACUCAUGAUUGCGGGAAACUGUCGAAUGUGCCUGGUAGAAGUCGAGAGGGCCCCGAAACCCGUGGCAUCGUGCGCGUGGCCCGUCCAACCGGGAAUGGUCGUCAAGACCAACUCGGCCCUGGCACACAAGGCUCGGGAAGGAGUGAUGGAAUUUCUGCUGGCCAACCACCCCCUCGACUGCCCGAUUUGCGACCAAGGAGGCGAAUGUGAUUUGCAAGACCAGUCGAUGAGAUACGGAGCCGACAGAGGUCGAUUCCACGAGAUUGGCGGCAAGCGUGCCACUGAGGACAAGAACAUCGGUCCCCUGAUCAAGACUUCGAUGAACAGAUGUAUCCACUGCACGAGAUGUAUCCGAUUUGCCAACGACAUUGCUGGUGCUCCGGAAUUGGGAUCGACGGGGCGAGGAAACGAUAUGCAGAUUGGGACAUACCUCGAGAAGAACCUGGACUCCGAGAUGUCUGGUAAUGUGAUCGAUUUGUGCCCUGUUGGAGCUCUCACUUCCAAGCCAUACGCUUUCAGAGCCCGCCCUUGGGAAUUGAAGCAUACCGAAUCUGUUGACGUUCUAGACGGUCUUGGAUCGAAUAUCCGGGUGGACUCGAGAGGAUUGGAAGUGAUGCGAAUCUUGCCCAGACUUAACGACGAUGUCAACGAGGAGUGGAUUAAUGACAAGACCCGAUUUGCUUGUGAUGGAUUGAAGACCCAGAGGCUUACGAUCCCUCUCAUCCGCAAGGAUAACAAGUUCCUCCCGGCGAGCUGGGAACAGGCUUUGGUUGAGAUUGGAGCUGCGUUCAAGGAUUUUGCACCACAGGGCAACGAGUUCAAGGCAAUUGCCGGAGAGCUUGUUGAGGUCGAAUCUAUGGUCGCUCUCAAGGAUUUGGCGAACAAGGUCGGAUCAGAGAACCUGGCUCUGGAUCAGCCAUCUGGUAGCCAACCGAUUGCCCACGGAAUCGAUGUCCGCUCCAACUACCUUUUCAACUCCAAGAUCUGGGGUGUCGAGGAGGCUGAUGCUAUUCUAAUUGUUGGCAGCAAUACACGACAUGAGGCCGCUGGUUUGAACGCCCGGAUCAGAAAGCAAUGGCUGCGAUCCGAUCUUGAGAUUGGUGUUGUUGGCGAAUCCUGGGACUCUACUUUUGAAUUUGAGCACCUGGGUACCGAUGCGGCUGCGCUCAAGAAAGCUCUGGCUGGACCUUUCGGCAAGAAGCUUCAAACCGCCAAGAGACCAAUGAUCAUUGUUGGAUCUGGUGUCACUGAUCACGCUGAUGCUAAAGCCAUCUAUGAGAUGGUCGGUGCUUUUGUCGAGAAGAACGCUGCCAACUUCCUGACUGAGGAGUGGAACGGAUACAACGUCCUACAACGUGCUGCGUCAAGAGCUGGUGCUUACGAAGUCGGAUUCACUACUCCAUCAGCUGCUGUUGCCCAGACCAAGCCCAAAUUUGUCUGGCUCCUUGGUGCCGAUGAGUUCAACGCUGCGGAUAUUCCCAAGGAUGCCUUUGUCGUCUACCAAGGUCAUCACGGUGAUCGUGGCGCCCAAGUUGCCGAUGUCGUUCUUCCAGGUGCCGCUUACACCGAGAAGUCCGGUACCUACGUCAACACCGAAGGCCGUGUACAGAUGACUCGUGCUGCCACUUCAUUACCCGGUGCCGCCCGAACCGACUGGAAGAUUAUUCGAGCUGCCAGUGAGUUCAUGGGCGCAGCACUUCCAUACGACGAUGUAGCACAGCUCCGUGACCGGAUGGUCGAGAUCAGUCCCGCGUUGGCAAGCUAUGAUAUUGUCGAGCCAGUCGCCUUGAAGCAGUUGAGCAAGGUGCAAUUGGUGGACCAGAACAAGGGCAGCAAGCCUACUGGUGAGCCAUUAAAGAAGGUCAUUGAGAACUUCUAUUUCACAGACGUCAUUUCCAGAAGUUCGCCUACCAUGGCGAGAUGUUCAGCAGCAAAGGAGCAGGGCAACCCCGAGACGAACUUUAUGGCUUCGGGCUACUCGAGUGCUCAUCCACAUGGCCAGGUCGCUUACGGGUCGUGA